AUGUCGGACACAGAGAUGGACGAGACCCCACGCGCCUCGGAUGAAGUCGACUUGAAUAAGUCGUUACAAGAAGUCCUCAAAUCAGCCGCACGUAAUGACGGUCUUGCACGAGGUUUACGAGAAUCCGUCAAAGCAUUAGAUCGACGUGAAGCACAUCUUUGUGUUUUAGCAUCGAACUGUGAUGAAGCUAACUACGUUAAAUUAAUCGAAGCUUUAUGUGCUGAACAUAACAUCAAUUUAUUACGUGUUGAUGAUAAUAAAAAAUUAGGUGAAUGGGCUGGUUUAUGCAAAUUAGAUAAAGAUGGCAAAGCACGCAAAGUAGUUCGUUGUAGUUGCUGUGUUGUUCGUGAUUUUGGCGAUGAAACACAAGCUCAUGAUCAAUUAUUAGAAUACAUGAAAAAAACCAAACAAUCAGCAUAA